AUGUUAACCUCCGGACUCACCAACGCCUCGAUCUCCAAAUCCCUCCUCAUCUACACCAUCGCCUCCUCGGUGGCUCUCGCCAUCUUCGACCUUAAACAUCUCACUAGUAUCCAGGUCGUGCCGCACAUCUGGCAAUAUGGACAGUUCUGGCGCAUCCUGGUGUGGCAGGUAGCCGGAUUCGCAAACUCGACGGAGGCGCUAUUCGCCGCAAUGUUGGUGUAUCAUCUACGAGUCGUCGAACGCGCCUGGGGGAAGAGGAAGUUUGCCACCUUCCUCCUCACCACACUCCCCUACACAACCCUCCUCCCUCCACUCCUUCUCAUCCUCGUCCUCCGACCCAUCACCCUCGGGAAAAUGAACUACCUCCCCUCCGGACCCGUAGCGACCAUCUUCGCCUUAUUAGCGCAAUACCACGCCUCAAUCCCAUCUACCUUCCGCUACCGGAUCUCCACCAACAAGUCCCUCACUCUUACAUUGUCUGAUAAAUCUACAACAUAUAUUGUCGCUGCGCAACUGGCUUUGUCGCAGUUUCCGGCGAUGGUCAUCCCCGCUGCGGUGGGAUGGCUGGUUGGUGUGGCCUGGCGGAUGGAGUUCCUGCCUGGGACCGGCACAUGGAGGGUCCCGGCGUGGAUGGUGGGGGAGAAGGAGCGGAGAAUUGUCAAUGGCGCGGGUGGGGGAGAUGGUGGGAGAUAUGAGGAUCUAAGGAGGAGG